UUUAUUUAGAUUUUAGUUCAAUUUUAGUUGCUCUUAAAGUUGCCAAGCAUUACAUAAGAAUGGAUUUAGAAGAGAACCAAUCACAAAUGUUUUCGAGUAUUUAUAAAUAUUUUGAAGAAGAAAAGAAAGUUAUAGAGAACAUAAAAUCAAUCACUACUCAAUUGAAUCAAAAAACAACAGAAAUUAUUGUUUUUAUUCAAGAUGUUCACUGUAAUGCAACUAACCAAGGAAUUAAAGAUAUAUGUGAAUUAAUUCAAAAUAGAAUUUUAGAAACUCCUGCAUAUAUUAAGACACUUUCAACCAUUGUUCCGCACAGAGAAUAUUAUAGAUUUCAUCACCACUGGAAAAAUAUUUUUCAAAAAAUUGUGUUUGCAUGUGCUUUCUGCGAAUAUUUUCAAUGUGGAAAAUUAAUUUCAAAUCAAAAGGUUGCUGAGAUAAUGCAAAUAUGUAACCAAGAAGAUUCAAAUGGUUUUCAUUUGGAUUUGGAUGAUUAUUUAAUUGGUGUAUUGGAAAUGGCCAGUGAGUUGGUUAGUUAUUUUCUAUCCAGUGAGUUGGUUAGUUAUUAUCUAUCCAUCUCGUCUAUCCGUAAAUAAUGUUAUUGCAGGUAACUAUGAACAACCUGUUAAAAUAGGUAAGUUUUUGUGUGAACUUGAUAGAGCUUUUCGAUUGCUCCACUUAAAAAAUGAUGCAGUGCGGAAACGUUUUGAUGUUUUAAAGUACGACCUAAAAAAAGUCGAGCAAGUAGUAUACGAUCUGCGAAUUCGGGGUUUAUUAAACCAGGCCAAUUCUUGAAUUUAUCAAGACUCCAAAUCUUUAAAGCAGUGUUAUUUCUUACUUAACCGAACUCCAUUAGAUAUGAUCUUAUAAAAUUGAUAAUAGCAAGCAAGUCUUUGGA